AUGCCACAUAUAAAUAGUGCUUUAAAAUGCAGCUUAUUCUCUUGGUCGUGUGAAAAGCUCAGGGUUGCAGCAUUGUUCACUUUUCUUUUAAUAAUACAAGUCAUACACACGUUACAUUUUUUCUCAUUUUAGUAUUUCUGAGGCAGGUUGCAUGCAUUGUUUGUCUCCAAAAAUGGUUUGCGAGACUAAAAUCGUUGCAGAUGAACAUUCCAUACCAGGGAGCGAAAAAGAUUCCAUUAUCGUGUCUGCUUCUCAAAUGUGGACUUCAUCGUCAUCAUCUCCGAACAGUCUCGAGGAAAACCUGAAAAAAGAUACCGUUUCUAUCCGCGAGUUUGAGCUCACUGAUCACGAGGAUGUCCGCCGCAUCUUUUAUGAUGGGAUAAUGGAGAGAAUACCUAAUACGGCAUUUCGGGGUUUAAAACAACAAACCAAAACGCAAAUUAUAUAUACAUUUAUAACAAUGAUGUGCUUUGUUGUGACCAAGUCCGUGGCGCUGACUUGCUGCGCGCCUGUCCUUCUAAUGGGCGCGAGGUACUACUUUAGUAAGAAAGUUAUCCACAGCUUUCUCGACUGCGCACUACACACGGACAUGUCUGAUAUUGAGCAGUAUUACAUGAAACCUGCAGGCUCCUGCUUCUGGGUGGCAGUCCUGGAGGGCAAGGUUGUUGGCAUUGUGGGGGCCCAGGGCAACGAGGAGGACAACACGGUGGAGCUGCGCCGUAUGUCUGUGGACUUGCGCUACCGUGGCAAAGGUAUUGCCAAGGCCCUGGGCCGUAAAGUGCUGGAGUUCGCCAUGCUCAACAACUACUCUGCCAUCGUUCUGGGCACCACUGCAGUCAAGCUGGCUGCACACAAGCUGUACGAGUCCCUGGGCUUCCAACACAUGGGUGUCACAGAAGAGUACACGCUGCCAGGGAUGAGCCACUCCUUCUUGGAGAGAAUGUUUUUCCAGCUUCGCUACCACCGCUACCGCCUGCAGCUGCGUGAAGAAUAAUUGUCCUUUUUUUUUUGUCUCCCCCAAUCCACCCCCCCCCCC